AUGACCGGAGUACUCGUGAGAAUGCGAGAUGCUGUCAAAAGGGAUGGUCCCUUUGCUUUGAUCGAAAAGUUAUCAUCGAAACCAGAUGGCUUGGAGGAAUGGUUUAAUGAUGUGAACAUCGAAGAGGAUACGUUAGAUGACCCGAUGAUCUGUGCCCCCCGUAAUUUUGCAAAGACUGACAAUCGAAGCGAUUUCAAAUCACUACAUGAGCUUGUAUCUCAAAGUAGGAAAGACAUCGUCGUUCCGAACAGCGACCAUAACCCUCUUCUUGCUAAGUUGGUGGAGGGGGUCGACACUGCUCCGAACACGAGCCGCAAGAUUCAGAAAGAGAACAUUGACUUGCUCGGAAAAUACCUUCAUGACUACAAAGAACUUCAAGAUCGGCAAACAAAACAGAAUAAGCGCAAUCGAGUCGUGCGGACAUUUCAUCGCGUUACCAAAGUCCUCAAUUGCACCACUGAAGAUCAAUCUAAUCCGAAAAACAAUAGACAGCCGCAGGAAAAAGUGGAUGGCCCCUCAAAGGAAAGUCAUAAAGGCAUAAUCCUGAACGUACUGAUUCGUGGCGUGAAUGUGGUUAAACCGUUGGGAUCCGUCGUUGGGGAAUUGACGGGUGGAACGCUCAUUGAGGUUGCGGUCAAUGGAAUCAUGCUGUUCAUCACUGCUUGGGACAGUGCGACAGAGCUGACGGAAGAAAUUCUCGACACGUUCAGUCAAAUCGACGGAUACUACCAGAAAAUGCGAGCAAUGCAUGGUAACCUGAAGUCCGCUGCAAUGCAAAAGGCAAUCAAUAAGCUCUUCGUCUCCAUAGUGGCUUUCAUUGUGUCCGCUGGGUCAUAUCUGAGACACGGCAUGUUCCUUAAGAUGGCCAUGUAUCUUGGCGGCAAGGACGAGGACUUCAAGGGACAUCAGCAGGCGCUCAAGGAGGCAUAUAGUGCGGUCGAACGAGAGAUGGAAUUCGCUGGACUAAUGAUGACUAGGUGGAUCACAAAAAGAAUGCAACUAGUACAUCAAGAAACAGCAGAAAUUUAUGAGAAGAUGAAUCAGCUAGAAAACGCAGUGGUGGCUACGAGCAAAUUUCACGCCGAUUUGCAUAUCCAAAAUCUAUGCGCAGAGCUUUUCAAGUCCCUCUACGAACCUUCUGAGGGGAUGGCGUUCAACGCUAGGGAGCGGGUGUUUCUUUCGCCGCGCGAUCGUUGGCCGCGACAGUUCAAGCCAAAGGCUCUUGAAGGUCCAAGGAACGAUAAUUCUGCAUCAACCUCCUAUCCCUUGAGAUGGAUCUCAGGUCACCUCUCUCGACGCAAUGUAUCCUGGGUUUCCUCACUCUGCGUUGAUCUGAUCCCGCAUUUCAGGAAUUUCAGCAAUUUCGACGUAGCGUACGUCUUCUGUAAGCGCGGCCAGGGAUCACGGUACACCCCCACCAUACUUAUCAAGGCACUGGUGACUCAGCUGUUGUAUGCGCAUCCUAGUAUCGCUAUGAAGAACUUGGGCCGUUUAUCACUAGCUCGAUUCCAAUAUAUCGGCCAAAAGACCACAGUCAAGUCUGGCGCGAUGGCUUGGAACUUACUCGACGACAUGCUACGACUCAUGGACGAAACACCAGAGCUAUCAGAUCGGUCAAUCCUGAUUUUGAUAGACAGGUUGGAUCUCUGUGUAUCAGAGGAAGGCUUCAGUGUUCUUGAUCACCUUAUACCAAGUUUACAAGGCUUGAGCCGUCAGCAUGUCCGAGUGCGCGUUAUGAUUACAACCGCGAAGCUCUCAGCAUCUGCUGUGCCUACUCUACGGAAAGGCCCCGAAUGGCUUCAGGCGUACGGGAAAAGGAAACAUGGCUAG